UAUAGCUUUUUCCUUUUCUCUGCGUCAACCCCCUGCUGGUGCGCAACCUCAUCUCUUACCCUCGUCGUCCUUUUCUCAGGCGGCGAGGACUUCAAGCGACGAGGACGCACCAUCUCCACCGCCACCACCACCACCACCUCCUCAAUUAAUCAAUCCAUCCAUUUAUCUGAUCAAAUCAAAUCAAUUCACCAUGUCUGUAACAAAGGCAACGCAACAAGCUCCAUUCCAGCUCCUUGAGAUCAAUGUGAUAUCGGCUCAAGAUCUCGCCCCUGGAACCCGUAACAUGCGAACCUACGCCGUCGCCUGGGUUCAUCCCGGACGGAAGCUCUCCACCCGUGUAGACAGCCACGGCCACGCCAACCCAACAUGGAACGAUAAGUUUGUCUUCCGCGUCGACGAGCAGUUCCUUAAUUCCGACACCUCCGCCGUCAUGAUCGAGAUCUAUGCACUCCGCUGCUUCCGAGACGUCCGCGUUGGCUCCGUUCGAAUCCUCGUCGGCAACCUAGUCCCACCUUCAGUUCGUUCUGGUGGGACCAACCAUCAUAUCGGAAUGCGGUUCGUGGCUCUCCAGGUCCGCCGUCCAUCAGGCCGCCCUCAGGGGAUCCUUAACAUUGGAGUCGCCGUCCUCGACAGCUCAAUGCGUAGCAUGCCACUCUACACCCAUGUCUCCACCUCCGCCGUUGGAUACCGGGACCUCAUGGGUGAAGAAGCCCAUACCCCUCACCACACUAAUCACCCACCUCCCAAGAUCCAGCUCCGCCGCACCAAGAGCGAACGGUCUGAGGCCUUAAUCAACGACGGCGUUUCGCAUAGAACUAGCUCGGUCGUCAACGGUUCUGAUAUCGGAGUCGGAAGCAUUGCCGGUGGUGGAGUACCUCCGAUAAAAUUUAUCACUACUAGCGGCGGCACUGGACCUGGGUCCACGUAUGCGGACUCGGAACUGGGACCGGCGCCGUCGGUUGUGGCUGCCGGACUUGCAGUGGAAGACUUUUUUCCGGGGAACGAAAUUGGGAGUUCCAUAUUGGAAGGUUGGAGCGUGGACGAUGGGAGUAUAGAGGGACUGAGGACGAAGCUGGAUAGGUGGCGAACGGAGCUUCCACCAAUUUACGAUCGUGGGUACGGGACUUAUCCAACUCCUCGCCGGCAUGCUCGGAGGCAUACCGACGGCGAAAUUGGGGGAGGAUUGUUCUCAUGCUUUGGUAGCUCAUAUGGAUGUGAAUGCACCUUUUUCUGUGGACCUGGAUCAAGGAAGAAGAAGCUUGGUAAUCUGGAAAAGUAUUCACAAAGCCCUUCUGAAUCGCUGGUGCUGACGAAACCCAGUCGUCUCUUGUAAGAUAACAGAAGAGGCCAUGGAUUGAGAAAAGAAGCAGAAGUUGCAGAGAGGUUUGAGGGAGAAAGACACUAUAAUGCGCCGACUGCGCACGCUACUGUGUUCCUCAACGGACGUUUGGCGCCAAAAUAUAGUAUUUUUUUUUAGUAUUUAAUUUUGUAAAGGAAGCUUAUGCUUCAGGGCUCAUAUGUAUUUACACUGCUAACGUGCGCAGUGGGUCAACUUUGCAGACCGAAGAACUGGGCGUGAAGCGUACGAGGUACCGCCGCAGAUAUCUUUCUCUCUCUUCCGUGUCUCUGACACCAAUCAUUUUUCUUUUCUUUUCUUUUACUAUUUUUAAGAACCAUUUAUUUUUCCCCUUCACAACCAUUUUUUUAGGGAUGAGAUGCAAAUGGAGAGAUUGAUAUGGUGCGAAAAAUAGAAAAGAGGAACAAUUCAUAUUAAUUGGAUAUUUUUUUUUAGGAAUUUAUAUUAAGAUCUUAAGAGUUAA